UAAGUGUUAUUUGUUUAUAAAUAGUUUGGUUUCUCAUUUUUCGAAUAACAAACAACUUCCACCUAAUUGACCAACCAAGAUACAUUCUCUGCUAGAAUGGACAAGCAAGAAGAGAGUUGUUCGUCUUUCGACUUUCCAACAAUUGAUCAGUGUGAGUCCAUUGGACGCGAUAAACAAACGGUGGUGGCAGACAUGGACGGAACUUUGAUUCGAGGAAGGAGCUCGUUUCCGUAUUUUGCCCUUGUGGCAUUCGAAGUUGGUGGAGCUCUGAGGCUCUUAUUCUUGUUGUUGGCUUCUCCAUUAGCUGGACUGCUGUACUACAACAUUUCUGAGUCUGCUGGCAUUCAGGUUCUCAUUUUUGCUACUUUUUGUGGCAUGAAAGUGUCGGAGAUAGAGGCGGUGGCACGGGCAGUUCUGCCAAAAUUUUACUCUGCAGACUUGCACCCGGAAUCCUGGCGUGUGUUUUCUUCCUGUGGAACAAGAUAUGUGUUGACAGCGAAUCCGAGGAUCAUGGUGGAGGGAUUCUUGAAGGAGUAUUUAGGUGCUGAUGUUGUACUGGGAACUGAAAUUGAAACAUUUAGAGGGCGUGCCACGGGUUUUUUGACUAGCCCUGGAGUGCUGGUCGGCAAGAACAAGGCCUUGGCCCUGCAAAAGGCUUUUAGUGACACUGGAGCACCAGAUAUCGGACUUGGAGAUCGAAAGACUGAUUUCCCUUUCAUGAAACUUUGCAAGGAAAGCUAUGUGGUUCCAGCACAUCCACAAGUUGAAGCUGUGACACAUGACAAGCUACCGAAGCCUAUAAUAUUUCAUGACGGGCGUUUAGUGAAAAAACCAACUCCCCUCACAGCCCUCCUCAUCCUCUUCUGGAUCCCAGUCGGCUUCAUCCUAGCAUGCAUGCGCAUAGCAGCCGGUGCACUCCUCCCCAUGUCCCUGGUCUACUACGCUUUCCGAGCCCUCGGAGUCCGUGUCACGAUCAAAGGCACUCCCCCACCAACGGCUCAAAAUUCCACCAACCAAACUGGCAACUUAUUUAUAUGCUCCCACCGAACCCUUCUUGACCCCAUCUUUCUCUCUGCUGCCCUCGGCCGCCCUAUCCCUGCCGUCACCUACUCCCUCUCCAGGCUCUCAGAAAUCAUCUCUCCAAUCAAAACCGUCCGCCUCAGCCGCGACAGAGUCACGGAUGCCAGCAUGAUCAAGAAACUCUUACAAAAGGGUGAUCUUGUACUAUGUCCCGAAGGGACUACAUGUAGAGAACCAUUUUUGCUUAGAUUUUCAGCUUUAUUUGCUGAGUUAACCGACGAGCUCGUUCCCGUGGCAAUGUCAAAUCGAAUGAGCAUGUUUCAUGGAACCACCGCAAGGGGGUGGAAGGGGAUGGACCCCUUCUAUUUCUUUAUGAACCCUAGCCCUGCAUAUGAAGUUACUUUUUUAAAUAAGUUGCCCAAGGAACUUACUUGUGGCACAGGUCAAUCAAGCCAUGUUGUUGCCAAUUAUAUACAGAGGACCAUCGCUUCCACACUGUCUUAUGAGUGUACCAAUUUUACCAGGAAAGAUAAGUACAGGGCGUUGGCAGGGAACGAUGGUAUAGUUGCUAGAUGAUAUAAUAUGUAUUUACAUAAUUACGCUUACAGUUCUAGUUGUUAUACAAUCUGAAAUAUCAGCCUAGUUUUCGAUUU